AUGCAAGGCGUAUAUUCCUACCGCAACGAAGCCUGGUACAACAUUUGUUGUCCAGAUGACCGAAACAUCUCACUCGAGGAUGCCUGGAAUCUGAUCGUUGAUGAAAAGUAUGCUCCAUUAGGUCAAGCCAAGUUCGAGGAGCUCGCGGUAACCAAGCAACCCCAGUCUUUUGAGCUGCGCUUGGCAAACACUUGGUGCAUACCGAAUCUUGGUGCUGAUGAUUCUGUGCCUGAGCGCCAGCCAAAAUGGGUUCUCACUUCGAUCUUCCCAGAGCUUUCCGAGGAAGGCGAGAUCUUAGAAAUUAUCGGCUGUAUCACGGAAAUCUCACAGCAGAAGUGGGGCGAGCAGCUGCAGGCAACUCAAGCCACACGAGCCCAGGAAUCGAAAAGACAACUUGAGAGCUUCAUUGACACAACGUCGCACGAGAUGCGAAACCCGCUGUCCGCAAUUGUUCAGUGUGCCGAUAGCAUCAUAUCCUCUCACAAUAUCUUUGAGCGGUCAAGGUCACACGAUGAAACCUACCAAAAGCUUCUGCUUGCUACAGUUGAUUCCGCUGAGACAAUUGUUCAAUGCUCCAAGCACAUGAAGACCAUAGUCGACGAUGUCUUGACUAUAUCCAAGCUGGAUUCAGGUCUCUUUGCGAUGACUCCAAUUGAUGUCCCACUUGAAUCAACUGCGCGAGACGCAGUCAAGAUGUUUGAGGGUGAGGCCAAGUCAGCUGGUGUGGAACUACAAUUUCACAUCGAUACAUCUUGCAAACAGCUCGGCGUUGUCAACAUCUCUCUUGAUCCUACGAGGGUCUUACAGAUUCUGAUCAACUUACUCACAAAUGCAAUCAAGUUCACACGCUUGGAGGCUAAGAGGCAAAUCCUGGUCAGCUUAGGAGUAUCUCUGGAGCGACCAACACACAGCACCAACAAACAGGUGACAUUCAUACCAACAUCAGGGGCCUCAGAGGCGAAAACGCUACAAGCGGACUGGGAGCGAGGCGAGAGUGUUUAUGUACUCUUCUCGGUACAGGAUACUGGUACCGGCAUGACAGACGCGGAACACCAACUCCUCUUCACACGCUUUUCUCAAACAUCACCAAGAACACACAUUGAUUAUGGUGGUUCGGGACUAGGUCUUUUCAUCUCAAGAAGACUGACUGAGAUGCACGGAGGCGCCAUCGGUUUCAUUUCAGAAAAAGGGGUGGGCAGCACUUUCUCCUUCUACGUGAGAAGUCGCAAGAGUGAACCGGCUUCAUUACAACGAGACAACGUGGCUGAGAGCUCAACUGCGGUUGGCGUGAGCAUCAAGGCCCAUAACACGAUCUUACGCAGCCACUCGUACAACGAGGCAGAGAGGUCGCGAGUUCCAGGCACAAGUACUCCAGAAAGAGCGAUUUUUGACAGCGAUCUUCAUAUCCUGAUCGUUGAGGACAAUCUGGUCAACCAGCGAGUGUUGGCCAAGCAACUACGCAAUUUCGGUAUGCACGUUGCAGUAGCCAAUCACGGCGGCGAGGCUUUGGAGUAUUUGAGCAGCACAAAAUACUGCAAAGCAGACAGGUCGGGCAACGAGCUGACCCUCAUUCUGAUGGAUUGGGAGAUGCCUGUCAUGGACGGGCUCACAUGCGUAGCGAACAUCCGGAGACUACAGGAACAAGGCGUCGUGAAUGAGCAUGUGCCUGUUAUAGCCGUAACAGCGAACGUUAGAUCGGAGCAGGUCGAGACUGCUCUACAAGCUGGCAUGGACGAUGUAAUCUCGAAGCCUUUCCGGAUACCGGAGCUUCGCGCCUGUAUACAGAAGACGCUGCGAAGUUUAGCACCGGCUGAAGAAACGACGCUCAGUUAG